UCAUCCUUCAUUUUCAUGAUUCUGCAAACCCUGAAAAAAUCUUUAUGCAGAAUGCAAAACGAUGAGUAGUGUGGUAUGGGGUUGAUAAUUGAAAGAUACCAUUUUUCUCUCAUUGUGCGUACAUUGUUUCUCGUGCCUCAAAUUAAUUUAAUUCAAUUUUAUUUGUUGUAGUAAUUAUCAGAAAAGAAAAGAAAAGGCAAACCCAAAAAAAGAGCAGGCCUCCACUGCCACGUGUAAGCCUCUCCCCACCAUAGCUGUUUGUCACUUUAUAACUACACCUCCUCUCUCCUCAGUUCCCGUUUCUACAGACACCUGUUUCUCUCUCCUCUCUUUCUCUCUCUCUCCGUCUCUCUGUUUCUCUCUCAUCUUUCUCCGUUCGUCAAAAACAAAGACACCCCUGAUCAAGAAUCGAGUAGAUAAUCAAAACUUUCACCGAAAGCUCGAAUCUUUAUGCAGAUUUGAGAAUACACACACACACUGGCGGUGUUUUAGCUGAGAAGGGUUUGUAAUACACGCACCCAUUUGGUUGUUAUUUCAAUUUUUUUUUAUUUUGUGUAUAGUGUUGUUGGAAAUGAGCGAGAAUGAAGGGGAAGAAGGUGGGGUUGUUUAUGAGAUAGCUAUUGCUGUUCCCAAAUGGGGCGAAAACAACAACAACAAAUUGGACAAGAUUACUGGUGAUUUUGACAAUGAUUGUGUCGGAAUUCUUGUUAAUGAGCUCAAGAAAAAAGGGCUCAUUGUUGAGCGAGUUGUCGGCCUUCAAAAUGAAUUUGUUAAGUUGGCAGCACCACUGGAAAUUCUAGGAAAGGCCGCAGCCGAGUUGCGAUUUAGAAAACGGACUCAUAUAGGAAUGGAUUUCCCGUUUGAAUGGGACGAGGCGGAGGCUUUUGUUAAGCUACCCGACGGUUCCUUGUUCAGUUGGUGUGAACGGUUCCGAUGCUACAAUCACAUCGUACAUGGCAUUGUUAACACAGAAAAACUACCCGUAAUCUUGAAAUACGAAGAUAGAACGAUCGAUUGGAAGUCGGGAGAAUCUCUAGUAGCGAAAUUGGAAGCAAUAGGUGUCGUCAAAGAAGUAUUUCCAUUGCACGACGAGAAGAAGCGGAAGCAGCUUCUAAGAAGCUGGGCGAUGAACUGGUUGGACUUCACAUCACAGCCAAUCGACGAUAUAUGUUCCUAUUACGGGGUGAAGAUUGCAACCUAUUUUGCAUUUCUCGGAAUGUUCACAAAGUGGAUGGUAUUUCCAGCUGCAUUAGGACUUACAGUGCAGUUAGUGGAUUUCGGAUCAAUGCAGUUGCUGGUUCUCCCGUUUUUCUUUAUAUGUGUAAUAUCAUGGGCCGUCUUGUUUUUCCAGUUUUGGAAACGAAAAAACUCAGCCAUGUCAGCUAGGUUGCAGAUAUAUCAUUCAGCUGAUGCGGAAUCCGAAUAUAAAUCUUUUCAGACAGAUCAAAGCUCGUCGGAAUGUACUCCUACAGAACUAAUGAAGAAACAAACCUCGGACCGAACGAAGGAAAAGGCGAAUUUCCAAAGAGAAGAGUGGUUUAGAUGGCUAAUGAGAUUUAGAAACGACGCAUUUAUUAUAAUGAGUAUUAUAUGUUUACAGCUACCGUUUGAAUUGGCUUACGCUCAUCUUUACGAAGUUAUACGCUCCGAUCUUCUCAAGUUUUGUUUGACGGCGGUUUAUCUCCUAGCGAUUCAGUAUUUCACGAGAAUGGGCGGAAAGGUUUCGGUGAAGCUUAUUAAAUACGAGAACAAUGAAAAUGUCGAACACAGAGCAAACAGCUUAGUAUACAAGGUUUUCGGACUUUAUUUCAUGCAAUCGUAUAUCGGAAUAUUCUAUCAUGCUCUUUUGCAUCGGAAUGUCAUGACCCUUCGCCAAGUUUUGAUCCAACGUCUACUAAUAUCCGAGGUGAUUGAGAAUUUAUUGGAAAACUCUAUACCGUAUUUGUCGUACAGCUUCAAGAAAUUUAGAGCUGUGAGGAAUAAGCAAAAGCGUGAAAAAGGGUCGGGAAAAUCGAGUCCGAUUCCUAGAGUAGAGAAGGAUUAUCUUAAACCUGCUUAUGCUGCAAGUAUUGGUCAGGAAAUCGAAGAUGGACUUUUUGAUGAUUUUCUGGAGCUGGUUUUGCAGUUCGGAAUGAUAAUGAUGUUUGCUUGUGCGUUCCCUCUCGCAUUCGCUUUUGCAGCAGUGAAUAACAUAACGGAGAUUAGAGCAGAUGCAUUGAAAUUGCUUGCAACGAUGAGAAGGCCGAUACCUCGUGCCGAUGCAACAAUUGGAGCAUGGAUGAACAUUUUUCAGUUUCUUAUAGUGAUGUCGAUUUGUACGAACAGCGCACUGUUGGCAUGUUUAUAUGACCGUGAAGGGAAAUGGAGCUUAUCGCCUGGGCUUGCAGCAAUUUUAAUAAUGGAACAUGUGCUUUUGUUCAUUAAAUUUGGAUUCUCUCGCAUUGUACCGGAGGAGCCUGCAUGGGUGAGAGCUGCUCGGAGAAAGAAUGCAACUCAAGCAGAGGAGAUGUGCUCCAAGCGACUCUUGAGGAGUAUUUCGGGCGACGACAAAUGGUUCCGAGAAAUUAAAAAGAACGAGUAAAGUCCCAUAAUUGAGUACCGUUUUUCACGCAAGUUUUGUUCGAUUUUCCAAGAGUUGAUUGUAAAAUUUCCUUUUUAGCCUCGGUGAGUUCGAAGAUACCAUUAAAUUUUUUCUUGUGUAGUGUUAUGCUUCUGUUUGAUGAGUUGUGUUUUACAUAUAUAUAGCUGUUUAUAAGAGCUGCUGUGUUGUAGUAUGAAAAGUUUUGUACGAGGACUAUAUCGUAAUUGGACAUUUUUUAGCGAGUGGUCAAGGCAUUCGUGUAGGGCUUAUCACAGGGAAAUGCAAUAUUUUUUUUUAUUUUUUGGCAAAUCUUAAGAUGAAAAUGAAUCACGACUUCUAAUGUAUAAUAUCGUACCUAAAUAUCGA